CGGGAAUCGUUUGCGGGCAGACGCUGAGUGGCCGGUGUCUACGUUACAGGCUACUUUGGGAUUUAAACAAUUAUUGACUUCAAGUCAUUUUGUGUUCAAAUAUAAAGAUGGCGCCAGUAACAAUGACAGAAGACAGGCUGACGUCAGGCCACCGGCUGUCGCAUCCCAAGCCGGGCGACGAGGUUCUGAUCACCGGCGUCUCCGGCUACUUCCCCGACUCCGACUCCGUCAUACAUCUGCAGGAGAACUUGUUCAAUAAGGUGGAUCUAAUAUCAGGCGAUGGGCGGCGAUGGAAGCUCGCUCACCCGGAAAUCCCCCAGCGCACGGGCAAGAUCAAUAACGUCAACAAGUUCGAUGCCUCAUUCUUCGGCGUGCACUUCAAGCAGGCUCACACCAUGGACCCCAUGUGCAGGAUCCUGCUGGAGAAGGCGUAUGAGGCUGUUAUUGAUGCUGGUCUAAACCCAAAGGAGCUUCGCAACACAAAGACCGGAGUGUUCAUCGGCGCUUGUUUCUCUGAAUCUGAAAAAACGUGGUUCUACGAAAAAAUGCAGGUCAACGGGUUCGGUGUGACUGGAUGUUCGCGAGCUAUGUUAGCCAACCGGAUCUCCUACUGGUUAGGCGUGACUGGUCCGUCGUACACCGUGGACUCAGCCUGCUCCAGCUCGCUGUACGCGCUGGAGCACGCCUUCAGGGCCAUCCGUGACGGGCACUGCGACUCCGCCAUCGUCGGCGGCUCCAACCUUUGUCUGCAUCCAUACGUGUCUUUGCAAUUCUCUAGGUUAGGGGUGUUGUCGCCUGACGGGAAAUGCAAGAGUUUCGACAACAAAGCCAAUGGAUACGCCCGCUCCGAAGCUAUUGUAGUCAUCCUCCUACAAAAGGCUAAAGACGCACGACGGGUUUACGCACAAGUUCUGCACGCGAAGACCAACUGCGACGGGUACAAGGAGCAGGGUAUCACGUACCCAGCCGGGCACAUCCAGCAACUGCUGCUGGACGAGUUCUAUGAGGAGUGCUCCAUCCCGCCCAACACCCUCGAGUUUGUUGAGGCCCAUGGAACUGGUACACGGGUUGGAGAUCCUGAGGAACUCAAGGCUAUAGAUAAAGUAUUUUGUACGGGGCGCUCUGAACCACUUAUGAUUGGAUCAAUCAAGUCUAACUUAGGUCACAGUGAACCGGCCUCUGGACUGUGUUCUGUAGCCAAACUCUGCAUAGCGUACACAACUGGAUACAUUCCUCCUAAUCUGAACUACUCUACGCCGAGAGAUGGCGUGCCCGCUCUAGCUGAAGGGAAAAUGACCGUUAUAACUGACAAGACACCAUGGAACCGCGGCAUGUCUGGGAUAAACAGCUUCGGGUUCGGAGGUGCUAACGCCCACACUUUGCUCAAGAACUUUGCGAGGGAAAAGGUAAACAACGGCUUACCAUCCGAUGAUCUUCCACGUCUAGUCUGUGCAUCAGGUCGCACAGAAUCAGCAGUAGCGAGGAUCCUCAAUGAGCUGGAGUCUAAGCCGGUGGAUGCUGAGCUCAUCCGACUGCUGCAUGCCAUACAUAAUGAGGACAUCACUGGACACGUCGUCAGAGGGUAUUCUUUGUUAGGCAAGUAUUAGUCCACACCAACUAAAGGCGUAUCCUUAGCGCGUGACAUUCAAUACUUCUCCGGCGUGCGUCGCCCGGUUUGGUUCGUGUACUCUGGCAUGGGCUCGCAAUGGGCCGGCAUGGCCACGCAACUCAUGAGGAUCCCCAUCUUUGCUGCUGCUAUUGAGAAGUGUCACAAAGCUCUUGAACCAAAAGGCAUCAAUCUAACCAGAAUCAUCACAGAACCUGAUCCAAAGAUUUACGAUAACAUCCUGAACUCUUUCAUCGGCAUCGCUGCUGUUCAGAUCGGUCUUACCGACAUCAUGAAGGCUCUUGCUAUUGAGCCGGAUUAUAUAAUUGGCCACAGUGUAGGUGAACUGGGUUGUGCAUACGCUGAUGGAUGCUUUACCGCUGAAGAGAUGAUCUUGUCUGCGUACAGUCGCGGACUUGCAUCUAUUGAGACGCCCUUCGUCAAGGGCUCCAUGGCAGCUGUCGGACUUGGCUAUAGCGAAGUAAAAACAAUAGUUCCACCUGAAAUCGAAGUGGCCUGUCACAAUGGUCCGGACUCCAGCACCAUAUCCGGUCCAGCUGACAUCAUGAAGACCUUCGUUGCCAAGCUCGUUGCUCAAGGUGUCUUCGCUAAGGAAGUGCCGUGCUCCAAUAUUGCCUACCAUUCGCGAUAUAUUGCAGAGGCUGGUCCGACGCUCCUGAAAUAUUUAAGACAAGUGAUCAAAGACCCCAAGCCUCGUUCAGAACGGUGGCUCUCCACUUCUGUUCCUCAAGCGUUGUGGAAGGAUCCAAAGGCAGAACUUUCAUCUGCUGAAUACCACACUAAUAAUCUAUUGAGUUCAGUGCUGUUUGAAGAAACAGCUCGCCUUAUCCCAGCAAAUGCAAUUACCAUAGAGAUUGCUCCUCAUGGUUUACUCCAAGCUAUCCUUCGGCGAUCGUUGAAGAAGGAUGUCACAAACAUCCCGCUUACAGAAAGGAGACAUCAAGAUAACGUUCAAUUUCUACUCACGGCUUUGGGAAAACUUUACGAGGCUGGUUUGAAUCCCCACCUGGCGAAUAUCUACCCUCACAUACAGUUCCCCGUGUCACAGGGGACUCCUAUGAUAUCACACCUUGUGGAAUGGGAGCACAGUGAAGAUUGGUAUGUAACGUCAUACAAGGCCCAAGAGAAGAUGAAGUCUGGUGAGAGGACUGUACGGAUGUCCAUAGUGGAUGAAGAUAGCGAAUUUAUGGCGGGACACGUUGUUGAUGGACGUAACUUAUACCCCGCUACUGGGUAUCUGGUGAUGGUUUGGGAGACACUUGGAAUGAUGAUGGGAGAACUGCACACGGAGGUGUCGGUGGUAUUCGAGAACGUUCGGUUCCAGAGAGCGACCAACAUCCCUAAAGACGGAAAUCUCGAGUUCAUUGUAAUGAUACAGAAGGGAAGCGGACAAUUUGAGAUCGUUGAAAGUGGAGCGUCCAUUGUAACAGGACGCAUUUACGCCAAGAAGAACGUUGGUCAGGACUAUAGAGUUCUCCCACCGGCACCUGAAGCGACAGGCCCCAAUGUUAAACACAUGCUGACCAAAGAUUUCUAUAAGGAACUACGUUUACGAGGAUAUCAAUAUAGUGGUAUCUUCAGGAGUAUCAUCGGUUGUAACAUCGAAGGCACUCGCGGUCGGCUCGCCUGGGCCAACAACUGGGUUGCGUUCAUGGAUUGUAUGCUCCAAAUGAGAAUCGUCAGUCAAGACACGCGCGGUCUUUUCGUUCCUACCAGAAUUCAAAAGCUUUGCAUUGAUGCUAAUAUGCACUAUGAUGCUAUUUCCAAAAUGAACCCAGAUUCUACGCGGCAGUCAUUCGAGAUUCGAGUUUAUCCUCAUGUUGACGUUAUUAGGGCAGGAGGUGUGGAAAUUCGUGGUUUACACGCGACACCUAUUUCCAAAAGGAUACCUUUGGGUGUCCCAGUACUUGAAAAGAACGAAUUUGUACCUAACUUUGGAAAGACAAAAAUGAAGAUUGAAGAUAUUUUGCGUGCCAAUAUACAACUCAUUCUAGAAAACAUUCAGACAUACAAAGUAAAAAGUAUUGAACUUGUCGACGAAGAAUAUAAAAAUAAUGGUUUAGAACCUGUUAUGGCGACAGUGGGUGAUGUACUUGGUGAUCUGCCGUUAGUACAGGCUGAGUUAUUAGUUAUAACCGAAGAUGCCUUAGAAAUGCCAUCACACAUUGUUGUUGAAAACAAGAAGUUGAUAGGAGAAACUAACACAGUUAUAUUUGUUGGUGCUAACUUGCUGAGGAGACCAGAAGUGUUAAAACCAGCAUUGUCAACCCUACGUGACAAAUGUUUCCUCAUAAGCAGAGAAAAGGAUCUAAUCAAUCCGAAAGAUUACUCUGACAAAUUCGACAUCAUCAGUAUACAAGACACGGGCGUGGAAUACUUGGUCCUGUUCAGAAAAAGAGUUGGAGCUAAGCCUGCGAAAUUUGUGAAAGUUGUUACUUCUGAUCAAACAUACGCUUGGGUAGACAAAAUCAAGGAAGAACUCAAAGCAGGACAAAAACUUGUGAUAUAUGGCCAAGACGAACACAUAAACGGCCUGUUGGGUCUAAUCAAUUGUCUGAGGAGAGAACCAGGUGGUGAAAUUGUCUAUGGGCUACUUAUCUCUGAUCCAUCAGCGCCACCUUUUAACCCUGAUUUAGAGUUUUAUGAAGAGCAAUUGGAUAAGGAUUUAGCCUUGAAUGUAUAUCAAGAUGGCCAAUGGGGAACAUACCGCCACUUACUUCUUGGAGACCUGGACACCAUUGAUGCGACACAUGCCUUUGUGAACACCGUAACUAUCGGGGACUUGUCUACACUUAAGUGGCUCGAAGGACCCCUUACGGAAAACCAUGUGUUUAAGAACCCUGAAAAUGUGUUAGUACAUGUAUAUUGCUCCGCCAUGAACUUCCGCGAUGUGAUGACUGCAACCGGUCGCGUCACAGUGGACGCUGUAGCCCGAGGCAGGCUGGCUCAAGAGUGUGUUCAAGGAUUCGAAAUCGUCGGUAGAACUAACAAUGGUUCCCGUGUGAUGGCCAUGAUAAGGAGCGGCGGCUGUGCGAACAUGGUGGAAGCAGACAAAGCUUUGUUGUGGAACAUACCCGACGAGUGGACGUUUGAAGAGGCCGCCACCGUUCCUGUCGCCUAUGGAACUGUUUAUUAUGCUAUGAUAAUGGUUGGUCAACUUCAACGUGGCGAGUCUAUCCUGAUCCACGCCGGUUCCGGAGGUGUGGGUCAAGCAGCUAUAAACGUAGCUUUCCACUACGGCUGCGAAGUCUUCACCACCGUCGGUACUGCGGAGAAGCGGGCAUUCAUCAAAAAACUCUUCCCGCAACUUAAAGACAGUAAUAUCGGGAACUCGCGUGAUGCGUCCUUCGAAGACAUGAUCAGAAAGGAAACAAAAGGCAAGGGUGUCGACAUGGUACUCAAUUCACUAUCAGAUGAAAAAUUGCAGGCAUCUGUACGCUGCCUCGGCUACCGCGGCCGUUUCCUCGAGAUCGGCAAGUUUGACAUUAGCAACAAUACUCCCAUUGGAAUGUACUGUUUCCUGAAGGAGCUCUCCUUCCACGGCAUCAUGUUGGAUUACAUCUUCGAACAAGGCUUUGAGUUUAGAAAGAGUUUGCAAGAUCUCCUUCUAUCCGGUAUAGAAAGUGGUGCGAUCCGUCCCUUGACAUAUUGUACGUUCAACCAAAAUGAAGUAGAAGCUGCUUUCCGAUACAUGGCGGCCGGAAAGCAUAUUGGAAAGGUUAUCAUAAAAAUCCGCGAUGAAGAACGAACAAACCGUCCAGUUAAACCAAAGAGCUUCAAAAUUAAAGCUAUCCCGAGGUAUAUGUGUAGCGAUGAGUUGGUGUAUGUAGUGGUGGGAGGACUCGGCGGCUUCGGUCUGGAGCUGGCUGACUGGCUUAUCCUCAGAGGAGCCAGGAAGAUUGUGCUCACCUCCAGACGCGGCAUCAGCAACGGAUAUCAGUCUUCCCGGAUAAGGGCUUGGACGAGCUAUGGUGCUGAUGUUAGGAUCUCCACACACGACAUCACAACUGAAUCAGGCUGUGAAGAGAUGUUGAGAAUGGCAAACUCCAUGGGAACUGUUGAAGCAAUAUUCAACUUGGCGGUCAUCCUAAAGGACUGCAUCUUCCAGAAUCAGACUCCAGAGUCCUUCAAGAUAUCAUUUGCACCGAAAGCUUUGGCGACUAUGAAUCUGGAUAAGCUAUCGAAAAAGCUAUGUCCAGCACUCAAGGACUUCGUAAUAUUCUCCUCCGUGUCCUGCGGUCGUGGUAAUGCUGGUCAAGCUAACUACGGCUUCUCCAACUCGGUGAUGGAGAGGAUCUGCGAGUGGAGGAAGAAACUGGGACUGCCCGCCUUGGCGGUGCAGUGGGGAGCUGUUGGUGAUGUCGGUCUAGUCGCUGAUAUGCAAGACGAAGACGUGCAGUUGGAAAUUGGCGGAACCCUCCAACAGAGAAUCUCCUCCUGUCUACUGGCGUUGGAUAAGUUCCUCAGACAAGACGCAGUGAUCGUGUCAUCGAUCGUGGUGGCCGAGAAGAAGGCAGGUGGCUCUGGAUGCGGCAGCAUGGUGGACGCUGUAGCUAUGAUUAUGGGUAUUAAGGAUUUGAAGACUGUUUCGCAGCAAGUUUCAUUGGCAGAGUUGGGAAUGGACAGCAUGAUGGCAGUAGAGAUAAAGCAGACCCUUGAGAGAGAGUUUGAGAUAUUCUUGACAGCUCAAGAUAUCAGAACAUUGACAUUUGCAAGGCUUGUGGAACUGACAGCUCAAAAAGAAGCAGAGGCAUCGACAGCGGUGACCGCAAGACCUGUGAUCGCCGAUGAGGGGGCUGGUCUUAAAGUGCUCAUCAGAAACUUCGGUGAUGAGCAUCUUGCUUCGGAACCCUUCAUUUAUAUGCCUACGAUGGUCAGCGAUGGAUCUGAGACGGAUGUGUCGGUGCAUGAAAACGAAUUGGUUAUGUUCAUGCUACCCGGUCUUGAAGGUUGUGCUUCUGCAAUGGCGCCCUUAUGUCGAAGGCUUAAGAUCAAAAUUUGCGUGCUGCAGCUAGGAAUAGAGUACAAGGAAGAUACUUUAGAGAAAAUGGUUUAUAGACUACACCAGAUUAUACGAUCAAGACUAAACCCCGGAAUGCCCUAUAUUUUAAUGGGUUACAGUUUUGGAACUCUUCCUAUGUUGAAGUUAGCUAGUAUUUUGGAAGAAGAAGGUCACAAAGGAACAAUAUUCUGCGUUGACGGUGCCCCAGACUUCCUAUACGCAUUGCUAUCUAUGACGAUUGGCCUCAAAACUGAUACGCAAUUACAAAACAGCCUCAUCAAACACACCAUAGACAUCGUCUGCCCCAAAAGUGAAAUCUCUGGCAUUCUAAACGAGAAACUCGACGAAAUCGAAUCUUACGAGGAAAAAAUUCAAUACGCUUUGAAAGUCACUCCUGUCCAACAGAAGUAUACAAACAAAUUCAUCAGUUCGAUAGCAACAUCGUCGUUCGAUCGCCUCAAAAUGGUAUUGAAUCAUACUGAGAAUGAUAUCAAGAAAAUCAAAGCACCCAUCGUUCUUCUGCGUCCUAAGGAGAAUCCUCCAGAGUUAGUUAUCGAUGACGCGUAUGGUCUAGAGAAAAUAACAGAUGGACCGGUGACCGUGUAUCAUUUGGAAGGUAACCAUGUCAGUAUAGUUGAGAAUAAGGAUUGUGCUAAUAUAAUUAACAGAAUUUUAUCGGAACAAGAUGGCAGAGGUAAGGUUUCGCAGAAUGUUAUUACUAAUAUGGUUGAGAAACAACGUACAGUCGAAGUUUAAGUCUAUUGAAUUACAAUAUUAUUAUUUAACAUUUUAUAAAUAAGUCAAAUGUUACAGUUUAUUUUUACAACACUGGAUACAAAACUAUUUGAGAAGAAACUUAGUAGGCUCCAGCUUACUUAAUAGGCGUUUUAGGAAAAUAAUGAUUUAAAAUCAACUUUUCCUGCAAACAAACAAAACUCAGUUCGGAGCCGAUUAGUUUAUUGUUGAUCUGUUAUUGCUAUUUAUGAGCAAAUGAGGGAAAAUAGUGAAAGGUUAUUUAUUUUUUCUAAUUUUUUCUGUUUCUAAUUUGUUAGUUUUUGUAUGUAUUUUUUUCAUCUUUUUGUGAACAGUUGCAGCUCGGCUGAUGUAUUCUAUUUCUAUUUUGACUUUUAAUACUUAUUCUCAUAGAUUUUUAUUUGUUUUUUGGUGCAUUAUGUGUAAUUACAAAAAUCAUUUAAUGUAAAUUAAAAUAAAACAUUUCAAAUUUAAUUUUAAUUUUAUAUCUUUACAAUAAUCUGUUUUCUGUAUAUUAUUUUAAGUUGUGUAAAACGCGGGUUAUUUAUUAUAUCGUUUAAGAUUUAUUGUAUGAGUGUUCUUAAAAUUAGGCUAUUAAUUGCUUUUACUGUUAGAUGUUAGUGUGAAUGAUUUACAUGGUUUUAUUAAAUAGGUGUCAUAGAAUUAAGAAUCAAAAGACCAGUACCGAAGUAAAAUAAUCAUUAGUUUAGGCAGAAAUCAAAUCGACUAAAAAAUUAAAUUAAGUGGAGUUACCACAUAAUUUAUUUUUGAAUCGAGUUAUAAUCUUACUUAUUUUUAAAAUACUUGGAAAUCUAUUUGUUUUGAUUUAUAAAUACGAAUUAAUAUGUAAUAUUUUAAGUGAUUUUUGGAAGGGUGUUAUUUAAUUAUUAUUAUUACCUACUUAGCUAAAUUAUAUAUAAAUAAACCAAUAAUUUAAUAG